AUGUCAACAUUACAAUUCUUUAAGGACAUUGUAGAGGAUGAGGCUAUGAAGCCUUUGUUAUCCAAUGUCGCAGAGAUAGUAUGUUAUGGUAUUGGUAGUCUUGCAUCAUCCAAGAAGUGUCAAGAACAACUAUCUCUAAUCGUAGCACUGAGGCAUCACUUCAAGAUUGAUUCACCAAUGUAUAUAUUCGAUCCAGUGAUGUCAGAGAAUGAUGUUAAGCUGGUGGCACAACUUGGAUUCACAAUGAUCACAAACAAUGAAGAGGCAAAGAGAAAGGUGGCGAUGAAGGAUGGACCAGCAUCAGAAGCAGGAAGAGGCAUUACAAUAUUUUACAUGCCCUUCUGUUCAAGGAAGUUAUACGAUAACUUGUUAUGGGCCAAUUGGUCAUUGGAUGCACUUCAACGAUGUUUCAUCAUGGGCAACAGCUUCAAUCGAUAUAAUGAGUUCCAUCUGCCGCCACAAGAGUCGUAUCGACCCUACAGCUACACGUCCAAGGCGUAUGGACACUAUCAAGAGCAGAUGUUCCCCACCAACUACCCGACCAACCUGUACACAUUCCAUGAACUAUCAUUCCACUGGUUCACACCAUCCCAUCUCCAAUCACUGGACUCAAACUAUUGGCUGUCAUGUCCUGAGCCCCCAUCAAUCACUGAUGAUCCAGAGGUGGUCUCUGCCUCCUCUCAGACCCAAUGA